ACAUGGGCCGGCGGCUGGCGGCGGAGGGCGGCUGAGGGCGCCGAGGCUCCGCGCCGUGGCCUCGCGUCCCGUGCGCCCCCACCAGGCGCCGCGCCCGCUCGCGGCGGGGACCCGGUCGGUGCGCUGCAGACCUCCGGCCCCGCGGCGGCGGCUCUCGCUGCCCGCUCCGUGCCGGGCCCGGCGGGCGGCCCUGCCCGCUCCGGGGCGAUGCGCUGAGCGCGCCGAGGGCCGAGCUCGGGGACGACGGCAGUGGGGGGAGCCGAGCCCAUGGAGCCGGCGGGUACCCGGCGGAGCCGGCGGACGCCGCCGCCGCCGCCGCCUCAGCCGCUGCUGCUGCUGUUGCUGCUGCUGCUGUUGCUCCUGCAGGUGGCGGGGCCGGCGGGCGCCCUGGCCGAGACCCUGCUGGACGCGCCGCGGGUCAUGGGCACCAGCUCCAGCCCGCCCAGCCCCGCAAGCGUGGUGGCUCCGGGCACGACGCCGUUCGAGGAGAGCCGACUGCCCGUGUUCACCCUGGAUUACCCCCACGUGCAGAUCCCCUUCGAGAUCACCCUGUGGAUCCUGCUGGCCUCCCUGGCCAAGAUCGGCUUCCAUCUGUAUCACAAAUUACCCACCAUAGUGCCUGAGAGCUGCCUUCUCAUCAUGGUUGGACUUCUGCUGGGUGGGAUUAUUUUCGGAGUGGAUGAGAAAUCCCCCCCGGCCAUGAAGACGGAUGUGUUUUUCCUGUACCUCCUCCCCCCCAUUGUGCUGGACGCGGGCUAUUUCAUGCCCACCCGCCCGUUCUUUGAGAACAUCGGCACCAUCUUCUGGUACGCCGUGGUCGGGACGCUUUGGAAUUCCAUUGGCAUCGGGGUGUCUCUGUUUGGGAUCUGCCAGAUCGAAGCCUUCGGCCUGAGUGACAUCACUUUGCUGCAGAAUCUGCUCUUUGGGAGCCUAAUCUCGGCUGUGGACCCCGUGGCCGUGCUCGCUGUCUUCGAGAAUAUCCACGUCAACGAGCAGCUCUACAUCCUGGUCUUUGGGGAGUCCCUGCUGAACGAUGCCGUGACAGUGGUCUUGUACAACCUGUUCAAGUCCUUCUGUCAGAUGAAGACCAUCGAGACCAUCGACGUGUUUGCCGGAAUCGCCAACUUCUUCGUCGUGGGGAUCGGCGGCGUGCUGAUCGGCGUCUUCCUGGGCUUCAUCGCGGCGUUUACCACUCGCUUCACACACAACAUCCGCGUGAUCGAACCGCUCUUUGUCUUCCUGUACAGCUACUUGUCCUACAUCACAGCCGAGAUGUUCCACCUGUCGGGCAUCAUGGCAAUCAUAGCUUGUGCAAUGACCAUGAAUAAGUACGUGGAAGAAAACGUGUCCCAGAAAUCCUACACGACCAUCAAGUAUUUCAUGAAGAUGCUGAGCAGCGUCAGCGAGACCCUGAUCUUCAUCUUCAUGGGCGUGUCCACCGUGGGGAGGAACCACGAAUGGAACUGGGCCUUCGUCUGCUUCACCCUGGCCUUCUGCCUGAUCUGGAGGGCGCUGGGUGUCUUUGUCCUGACCCAGGCCAUUAACUGGUUCCGGACGAUUCCUCUGACCUUCAAGGACCAGUUCAUCAUUGCCUACGGUGGGCUCCGUGGGGCCAUCUGUUUCGCACUGGUGUUUCUCCUUCCUGCUGCCGUGUUUCCCCGGAAAAAGCUGUUCAUCACGGCGGCAAUAGUGGUCAUAUUCUUCACUGUCUUCAUCCUGGGAAUAACUAUCCGACCGCUGGUGGAGUUCCUUGAUGUUAAGAGGUCCAAUAAGAAACAGCAAGCUGUCAGUGAGGAAAUCCAUUGUCGGUUUUUUGAUCACGUGAAGACCGGGAUUGAAGAUGUUUGUGGACACUGGGGUCACAACUUUUGGAGAGACAAGUUUAAGAAGUUUGAUGACAAGUACCUGCGGAGGCUUUUGAUUCGGGAGAACCAACCCAAGUCAAGCAUUGUGUCUUUAUAUAAAAAGCUUGAAAUAAAACAUGCCAUUGAGAUGGCAGAGACGGGAAUGAUAAGUACUGUCCCUUCUUUUGCAUCUCUGAAUGACUGUCGUGAAGAAAAAAUAAGGAAGCUCACACCUGGUGAAAUGGAUGAAAUUCGAGAAAUAUUAUCAAGAAAUCUCUAUCAGAUCCGUCAGCGAACUUUGUCCUACAACCGACACAAUCUGACUGCCGACACGAGUGAGAGGCAAGCCAAGGAGAUCCUGAUCCGUCGAAGGCACAGCCUUCGGGAGAGCGUUCGGAAGGACAGCAGCUUGAAUCGGGAGCACAGGGUUUCCACCUCAACCUCCCGAUAUUUAUCCUUACCAAAAAAUACAAAGCUUCCAGAAAAGCUACAAAAGAAAAAGAAUAUUUCUAAUGCAGGUGGCAACAGCAGUGACUCAGACCCAGACGUCGGGACCACCGUCCUCAAUCUGCAGCCCCGAGCCAGGCGCUUCUUGCCAGAACAGUUCUCAAAGAAGGCCCCCCAGGCCUAUAAACUGGAAUGGAAGAACGAGGCAGAUGCUGAUUCCAGGCAAGGGCAGCCCUGCAGCUCCCCAGCUGCCCACAGCAAAGAGGGGGGCCCCCAGGCCCCAGGCGUGCUCUGCCAGCCCCUCCUCUCCAAAGGCCACUUUGGCUCCAUGCGGGGUGACCAUAUGAACGAAGGCAUCCGACCCAAGGUGCCACCUAGGCUGGUCCGAAGGGCAUCAGAACCUGGAAACCGGAAAGGUCGAUUCGGGAUUGAGAAGCCUUAAUGGAAAUGGCCAAAGCAGACCUGGGGGGACCGGCCCUGCCCAGCUGUGGCUGGUUACCCAGCAACCUGACACAGCAAGGGAAUCCACUUCCAACCCUCUAUGCAUCUAAAUACUGUCCUUGGGUGGUAGAGCCAUGCCUCUGAUCCAUGGGGCGAAUGCUUAUCCCAAGAAGCAGAAAAUCAAAGAAACAAAAGCCCCAUAACAUGUCUCAUAGGACCUGUUGCUAGCAGUUGUAUUCUGUGCAAGCCUGAAGGAAAAAAAGCCACGUGUGCCUUUAUUGAACUUGAAGGACAGAACUUGAAAUUUUUAACACACCCUUGUUGGUGAAAGUUUUAAUAUAUACAU